AGUCUUACUCACGUGAUGAAAACACAAACAUGGCGGCCUCCGCUUCAGUCCGGUCGAGCGUGGGGCUGACUUUGAGGCUUUCUAGAGUUAUACCGGAUUGUAGCAAAUGUCCCUUCAACAGGUUAAACAGUUAUUUUAAUGGUGUAGCUGGUUUGUCGAAAGUUGAUCGUUUUCGGACAUUAAACCGGCACUUGCAGACUUCCAGGGGUCUGUACCACAGUGAGGAGAGUGCAGGUGCUGAAGACCCAGAAGAAGAUGCGGUUAAUGUGGUGUACAUAGACCGCUCGGGAAAGAGGAUCCCUGUGAAGGCUAAAGUGGGGGACAACGCGAUGUAUCUGGCCCAUAGACACAACAUUGAACUGGAAGGAGCUUGCGAGGCGUCGCUAGCUUGCUCGACGUGCCAUGUGUAUGUUAACAGGGACCACUUCAACAAGCUGCCAGAGCCUGAGGAAAGAGAGGACGACAUGCUGGACAUGGCCCCAGCCCUUCAGGAGAACUCCCGGCUGAGCUGCCAGAUCAUCCUGACCCAGGAGCUCGAUGGCAUCGAGCUGACCCUGCCCAAGGUCACCCGGAACUUCUACGUGGACGGCCAUGUCCCCAAGCCCCACUGAGGACACUACGCUCCACACUUUCACCCUACUUAGUACGAAGCAAUGUAUUUGUCACGUAUGCUGAGUAGUAUGUUAGUAUGGAUGUUGGACCACAACCCUCAGGACGGAGUCGUACGGGAGAGAGAGGUGCCCUGUUUGGACUGUCGGGAGGGAUUAAGAGGGGAACCGGCCUGGUGGGAGAGAGAAGGCCUGAAGGACUCACCUGAGUGAAGAUCUCAUUUAGCCGCAGGAUUAUGUCCCAGAAGGGCUUUACUCUUCUCCCUGAAGUGUACCGUAUUUGUCUCGCACCAAAAAAAUAAUAAUCCAUGCUGAUUGUGUAGGAGCUGAAGAUGGGUGUCAUGUAUGAAUACAUCCUUGUUUGUGUCGAAGAGUUCUCAGGCCCAUGGAGACAAUUCACUGUCACAAGCUGUUGUUCCCUGUUUCGUAUUUAACUUGAAUCCGCAUAUCAGAAGGUUGUUUCCUCGUUAUGCAUCCAAUUCAAUUUAUUGUCAGAGAACAACUGUGCACUUGAAUGGAACAUUCCAUGUUACGACUUAUUCGCAAAGGUCACACGCACAAGUCUCCUCACAAGGAGCAUGUAAACAGUCCGUAGUUAACUACAACACUCGCAUUUAGCAAACUAAUCUUAUUCAACUCAUGGCUUUUAUCAUUCUGCUUUACUGUAUGUGGAGGUGAGAGCUAAAAUUAAAUAUACUGAACAGAAAUAUAAAUGCAACAUGUAAAGUGUUUGUUCCAUACGCACACAAAAGCUUUUUCUCCUGUGAAAGCAACAGAGUAGGACUUGAUACAUUUAUUUCCAUUUACUAAUUCCUAUCUAUACUCUGUAAAAAAAAUCUUUGACAUUUUUCCAUGGUGCAUUUAUAUUUUGUGUAAAAUAAAUAGCUAUUUUUGGGAGGUUUGAAUAAGAAUACAUUAUUUCCCGAACAAGUGUCAUCAAACACGCACAUAUGUUAAGCUUUGAGAACCAUGCCUUGUCAAGGUCUUACAAGUCUCUGAUGUAACAUUUGCAAGAGGGCAGCUUGAGCUUGGAACUGGGGGGUGAAACUUUCUAGAAAACGUAAUUUUUCGUUAACAGGUGCAUUUUGUCCAAUUCCAAGCAUUUCUGUACACAGAAAUGAUUUUUCUCACCUUACAGCAUUAGUAGAACUGUCAGGAAAAAUCCCAGAAUCCCAGCCUGAGUGCCCAUUUUGGAUUUUCUUUAAAUAUCCAUGACAAUUUAAGGAGUUUCCAGGAAAGUACAAAUAAACUGGCUCUAAGAUAUUUAUCCAGUAUUAGUUCUUAGCUGUUUUCCAGGAAUGCUUUUUUGUCCCAUCCAUAGCUUCGAAUUGUGCUAUAAUUUCUCCAAUACAUGUAUUCUCUGUAUUAAAUUAGCAAGUCUAUGUAAGAUAUAUGGAUUAAAAAUAAAAUCUAUAUUGUAUCCUG